UAAAUUGUAAGUCGUUACUUAGACAUGCGAACAUUUUCUCAAACGAUCUAUUAAAUUAAACACAGUGAAUCAAAAUAAAAAACAAAUCUCUGUGAAUGACAAAAGCCAAUUGCACUGCGAUGAACGUCUUGUGUAAAAUUGUUUUCGUUUUUCAAAUAUUUUUUAUUGCCAGUGCGAAGAAUGCAAAUCUCAUCAAUCAAUUGGAAAUAUUUAAUUUCAUUUCACCUGGAAUAUUACCGGAUCGAACAAAUCGAAUAGAAGAUAUAUAUCUACGUUUUUAUAAUGGAAACUUAUUCGAGGAAUAUGUGGACAUACCGCUUAGCCAAGCAAGUCGACUACUCGAGGUUAAAGGCUUCGAAAACAGUAAUCCCACCGUCCUUUACAUACAUGGCUUCAUAGAAACGGCUCAGCAAGAAAGUGUACAGGUCAUGGUGAAUGCGUACUUAGAAUCGAGACCGGCGACAAAUAUUGUAUUACUAGACUGGUCCAAUAUGGCUCAUGGCUCUUAUUUAGUUAAUGCUGCAAGGAAUACUAAAAAGGUCGGGAUAGCAUCCGCGGAACAGAUAAAUACUUUAAUAGAAUCAGGCCUACAAAUGGAAAAAAUGCAGAUUAUAGGACAUUCUCUUGGAAGUCACGUAGCUGGUUACUUAGCGAGAGAGCUCAAAAAUAAAUACAACAAAACUGUUAAAAGGGUAACAGCACUAGACCCAGCGUUUCCCGCGUUUUAUCCAGACGGUGUUGUGAUGGAUCAUGUCACGGAUAAGGACGCAGAAUUCGUCGAUGUGAUACACACUGAUGCUGGCGGCUAUGGUGCACCAGUCCGGACUGGCACAGCAGACUUUUGGCCGAACGGUGGAAAGAGUAUCCAACCAGGAUGCCCUCGAUUCGCGCCAAUGCCCCUUUCUGACGACAAUCUUUGCAGUCAUUGGCGGUCUUGGAAGUUCUACGCUGAGUCAGUGCGGAACCCGGAAGCUUUUCCAGCAUCACCAGCUGAUUCUUAUCACAAAUUUAGAGAAAAUCCGACACCAGAAGUUGGAAUGGUGUACAUGGGAGCGGAUUGUGACACGAGAGCUCGUGGAUCAUAUUAUUUAACAACAAAUGGCGAAUCUCCGUUUGGUAAGGGAAUGGACGGUAUUUACACGAAAAAUAAAAGUAACAAGGGAAAAAAUAUAUAAAAAAAAUAAUAUAUUAUUAGAAAAAGGUGAUUCUACUUAAUUACAAUAUGUCUUCAUAUUACAAAAAGGACCAAAUGCUUAAAAAAAUUACUAUUGUAAUUAAAAAUGACAUUCUUUAGGUGUCUUGUUGGUUCAAAUAAAUAUUGGUCCUGUUAUACAGCAUUAUAUUAUUAUUAUAACACGUACCUGCACAACUAGAAUGUAAGAUCAUUAUACAAUUUAUAUUUAUUAUAUUUGAUUCGAUGUUAUACUUCAAAGUAAUUAUACUUUAAUUAAAAUCACAUUACUAAAGCUUUAUUGGUCUAUGUAUUUGUAUUUGUGAAAUUUGUUUAUAUAAAACAUAUCAAAGAACUAAAUCUGUUAAUUUUUUUUCUAUUUAUUCUAUUUGUUUUACUUAUAUAUAUUAUAGAUUUUUUAGAUAAAAAGUUCGUUUAUAACUUUGCUACAUUUCAAUGGCAGGAGUAAUAAUAAUCAAACGAAUCCACUAUAGAUAUUACCAUCAAUUCAAGGUCAACGUUGCUAAUUUUUCUCCCCUCCUCCUGCCAUUGGAAUUGACUUUUUUGAAAUGUACAUUUAAUUUAUGUAAUUAUAUCACAAUGCAUAGUUUAAUAUAAUGAGAUGGUUGAAAUCAAGCCAAUGAAAAUUUUGUGGGCUGUCUAAUUUUGUCUGUCUGUAUUUACUGUGAUUUAAUGAUUAUAGAAUAUAUUGUUUUGUCAUCAAGCAACAAAAAUUGCCCCUUAUAUCUGUGUAUUCCGUGAUAGAACCAAAAUCGUGAAAAGAUGGACUCAAUUUCUCAACAAUGUAUUUUUAAGUGUUUGAGUAUCGAAUACCUAAUAGAAAGUAUGCCAACCUGUUUGGAACUUAUUUAGUAGAGAUGUAAGAAACGCCUACAAUUUUUUUUUAUUCAAAUAAUGUACUUAAUUUUUUUUUCAUUUUACGGGUAUGGAAUGACACUUACUGUUAAAUGUUACUAUAACUUUAUUUUAACACAAAAAGUUAUAUAAUUUAAAUGUCAGAUGGUUGUCUUUUUUUCAAAAUUUACAGGUCUUUUCAGCAAAAUUUAUCAAAAGUACGUAACAAUUACUGUAAAAAAUUAUAAAUACAAUUUAAAAUGAUUGUGUGUUUCAAUAUACAUCAUCUUUGUUGACUAUUUUUGAAUAAAUGUUCAUCGGUUAUAUAAAUUCUAUUGAAGUUGACAAUGGAUCAUCACACUGGACAAAAAACUUUAAACAAAGCAAUUUCUGAAUAGGAUAUUGUAUAAUAAUUAUUACAUUUGUAAUAUGAAUUUAAUGCAAAUUUGUAUUCAAUGAUUUUACUAUUUUAAAAUGAAUAUAAACUAUUUUUUUUAAUAUACUUAUCUAUGUUAUUUUAAAUAUAAUUACAUCCUAUUUAGCAAACGCCCGUUUAAAUUUUACUGUAACAGAAAAUUUUCAGAAAAAAAAAUGUAUUGUAUGUUUAGUACCAAAUUUUAAUAUAGAAAUUCACUUAGUCGUUUUAAAACACAAUAAAUGAGUAGAUUAUACGCACAAUAUCAUAUUACAACGAAUGUAAAUUUUAAUAGAAUUUAAUUAAUUAAAUUGUAGAAAUUAUGUAUAUAAAUAAAAAUAAAUUGA